GGAUACUGGGGUUGGUCUAUUUUAAGCUGGCACUAUAUAAGGCCUGCGCGAAAUGAGAAGGUUAGGCAACAGACCACUGAAGUUAUUUAAGUCUUUACGUAAAUAACAUUUUCUCAGUCGCUGGUGUUUUUGGAGAACUGAGAACAACGAAAAAUGGCGGACAAAGAAAAGAAGAUCAAGAAGAAGAAGAAGGAAGAAACUUCCGAGGCACCAGCGGCAGCCCCAGCACCAGCCGCCGAAACCAGAUCUUCGUCAAAGGGUUCUUCAAAAAAAGCUAAACGCUCUGGAUCCAAUGUCUUCUCCAUGUUCUCUCAGAACCAAGUAGCAGAAUUUAAAGAAGCUUUCCAACUAAUGGACCACGACAAAGACGGUAUCAUCAGCAAGGAAGAUCUGAGAGCUACCUUCGAUGCCGUAGGCAAAAUCGCCAAUGACAAGGAACUCGACGAAAUGGUUCGUGAAGCACCCGGCCCAAUCAACUUCACCCAGUUGUUGGGAUUGUUCGGCAGUCGUAUGGCUGAUUCUGGUGGUACCGAUGAUGACGAUGUCGUCGUUGCCGCAUUCAAAUCCUUCGAUGAAAAUGGUUUCAUCGAUGGUGAAAAAUUCCGUCAUGCCCUCAUGACCUGGGGCGACAAAUUCACCGGCAAAGAAGUUGACGAUGCCUACGACGCAAUCGACGUUGAUGACCGUGGAAGGAUAGACACACAAGGCCUUAUUACCUUAUUGACAUCAGCAGCCGAUGAAGAAGGAGAAGGUGAAGCUGCAUAAAUAAUAGGCACACCAAAAUUCUGUUUAUCAUUUAAUUUUUAAUUUAUUUCUGUAAUGUAAUCUACAAAUUUAUGUUAUAUUUUACCCUGUGAUUAUAUUGCUCUUAUAUCAUUUGACAUUUAUUCCAUCAUUAUAAUAAAUAAUUAAAUUUUUA